UAAUACAAUGUUACCUACGAGUUUAUACACUAAGGAAAGAUUAGAGUCAUUAUUAUUCUAUAAUGUUCCAUAAUAUUCUAGUAUCAAUAUGAAGAAUAGAGAAAGUAAGAGAAAGUACGAGAAGAAGGGAAGAAGUGUUAAGGCUCAUCGUGAUGAGGUUAAUGCGCUGUUUGAUUGGACGGGCUUCAUGGAUGACGAUCCUGCGUAUCCAAAGCCCUCCAAGGCUACUGGCUCCUGGUUGUAUCUAAGGGAAAUAUGGUCAGUCCUCAUGGUCUGGGUUAUCGGACGUGGAUACCAGUUUGCAGAUUGGUCCCCAAGAAGCACGUUGUCGACUAGAGCGAAGCUUAAUGCGGAACAUAACUCCCAAUCAAGUAUCUUGGAUAGAGAAUCGAACUCCUGCAUCUGGACGACAACGGGACGACUUCUGCCUGCGUCCAGUCCACAUCACGGGCAAAGUCCUAGCUCUCAGAGACAACUUCCGCGAAGCGCUCAUCUGGAACUAGAACUCGGUGGCAUAGGGGAGUUGCAGUAUGAUGACUGCAUCCCCAGUUAUCCACAACCCACCCGCCACCCUCAUCAUCUGUGCCCGAUCUGGAUCACUCUCUACAACACCCCGGUAGUGGGCACACCCACUCUGUCAGGCAAGUCGGCCCACCAGCACUACACCCGCCCUCUGUCCUCAUCUGCUUAG